UAAAAGCGGGAGCAGAGAUGCAUUGGUAGAUGUAAGAAAAAGGAAUAAAUAUGUUAUGGAGGUGGCGACUGACGAUGGAAGCACACACACACACACACCCAAUUGCGCUCCCUAAAUCUGCGAUUCGCUGCCUUUUCUUUGCUUUUCCCGAGAUUCCUCUUACGUAUUUUAGCUCUUUAUCAUCUAUCUAUCUCUCUCACUUCUGUUUUCUCUUCUUCCUCCUCAGACCCCAAAGCCCGGAGCUUCCGCGUUAAGCCUCUGAUCUGAUCGUCUUCCUAUUUUUAUACUUCGGCAAAAACCCUAGAUUUUUUGCUUUUAGUUUUUAUCCGACGAUGGGGGGGGAUCAGGGAAAGUCUAAAUCGGACAUUUCUUUCGCCGGAACAUUUGCCAGUAGUGCUUUUGCUGCUUGCUUCGCUGAGAUAUGUACAAUCCCAUUGGAUACUGCCAAGGUCCGUCUUCAGUUGCAAAAGAAAUCCAUUGCCGGGGAUGGGAUGCCUUUGCCAAAAUAUAGGGGAUUGUUAGGAACGGUUGGAACUAUUGCGAGGGAAGAAGGGCUGGCUGCACUGUGGAAGGGUAUUGUGCCAGGGUUACACCGUCAAUGCCUGUUUGGAGGUUUAAGGAUUGGUUUAUAUGAACCUGUUAAAACCUUCUAUGUUGGUAAAGAUCAUGUUGGAGAUGUACCAUUGUCAAAGAAAGUUCUUGCUGCACUCACAACUGGUGCCGUAGGAAUCGCUAUAGCCAAUCCUACUGACCUUGUUAAAGUACGACUUCAAGCUGAGGGGAAACUACCCCCUGGUGUGCCCAGGCGUUAUUCUGGAGCUCUAAAUGCUUAUUCUACGAUUGUGAGACAGGAAGGAGUUACAGCUCUGUGGACUGGACUCGGACCAAAUGUUGCACGCAAUGCUAUCAUAAAUGCUGCUGAACUAGCCAGUUAUGAUCAAGUGAAGCAGACAAUUCUGAAAAUCCCUGGGUUCACAGACAAUGUUUUCACCCAUCUCUUAGCUGGUUUAGGAGCUGGUUUCUUUGCAGUCUGCAUAGGCUCUCCAGUUGAUGUGGUCAAGUCAAGAAUGAUGGGAGAUUCUACAUACAAGAGCACACUUGAUUGUUUUGUCAAGACUCUGAAGAAUGAUGGACCUCUGGCAUUCUACAAAGGCUUUAUCCCCAACUUUGGACGGCUUGGAUCAUGGAAUGUAAUCAUGUUUUUGACGUUGGAGCAGGCUAAAAAGUUCGUCAAAAAUUUAGAGUCGUCUUAAAACAAAAGAACAGAGCUUAAAAGCCAUUUGUGAUAGCAUUAUACUUGGAUUUCUGCAGCCAUUAGGUCUCGCUAGAGGAAAUACUAUCCUCUUCUAUUGUUUUCACAUUGUUUACAAUAAAUUAAGUUAACUUGCUACGUGAAAACAAUUGAAGGCAUAAUGCAAUUCAGAACGUGCCUUCAGUUGAUUGUCAUUUUCUUUUAUUUCUUCUGAAUUCGUAUUGAUCAGCUCAAGAAUCCUCCUGAGUUCAGCUGCUUAUGAUUUAUCAUUAAUCACUGUAAUGACCCCCCUAUCAGAGUUGGCAAUAAAAUUGGAGGUAGCAGAAACCUCGUUGAAUUAUGAA